AUGACCUAUAAUGAUGUACAUAUCGACUUCACUCGGGAAGAGUGGAGUUUGCUGGAUACUUCUGAGAAGAAUCUCUACAAAGAUGUGAUGCUGGAGACCUACAAGAACCUCGCUGAUAUAGUUUCCAUCAAAGACAUAAGAGGACACAUACUGGAGAGAAACACUAUGAAUGUACUCAAUGUGGUAAAGCCUUUCCUCAGCACAGUCAUCUUCAAAGUCAUAAGAUGUCACAUACUGGAGAGAAACCCCAUGAAUGCAAUCAGUGUGGUAAAUCCUUUUCUUGUCAUAGUAACCUUCAAAUGCAUAAAAGAGUACAUACGGGAGAGAAACACUAUGAAUGAAAUCAAUGUGGUAAAGCCUUUUCUUUUCAUAGUCAACUUCAAAGUCAUAAAAGGACACAUACUGGAGAGAAACCCUAUGAAUGUAUUCAGUGUGGUAAAGCCUUUUCUCGUCACAGUCACCUUCAAAGACACAAAAGGACACAUACUGGAGAGAAACACUAUGAAUGCAAUCAGUGUGGUAAAGCCUUUUCUUGUCAUAGUAACCUUCAAGUGCAUAAAAGAACACAUACUGGAGAGAAACCCUAUGGAUGCAAUCAGUGUGGUAAAGCCUUUUCUAAGCACAGUCUUCUUCAAGGGCAUAAAAGAACACAUACUGGGGAGAAACCCUAUGAAUGUAAUCCGUGUGGAAAAGCCUUUUCUUGUCAUAGUAACCUUCAAGGGCAUAAAAGGACACAUACUGGAAAGAAACCGCAUGAAUGUCAUCAGUGUGGGAAAGCCUUUUCUUGUCAUGGGCACCUUCAAAAACAUAAAAGGACACAUACUUGAGAGAAACACUAUGAAUGUAUUCAGUGUGGAAAAGCCUUUGCUGAGCACAUUUCCCUUCAAAUGCAUGAAGGAACACAUAAAGGACAAAAGCCUUAUGAAUGAAAUCAAUGUGGUAGAAUCUUCACAUUUCGAAGCACUGUUAAUGGCCAUAAAAAACACAUACUCGAGAGAAAUCAUAUGAUUAUCAAUGUGCAAAGCCUUUGCUGU